CCGGCGGGGAGGCGUGUGAGGGCGGCCGAGGCUGGGUGUGAGCGGGGUCGCCGGACUCUUCAUGUCACAAACGCUGGCGGUGCUGGCCUCUGCAGGUGACGGCGGAGCGAGGAUCGCCGCGACUCUGUGGAGACUUUUGAGCUCUCCCCAUGUCGGAGGAUCAGCUCUCCACGUUUGAUGUGAUGUUGGGCAUCGUGGCAGACUUCUGGGGUGGUCCUCAGCCUCAUCCCAGGAGUCAACCUCUGCAUGAUGAUGUGUGACCAGCUGCUCAAGGAGCCAGUGAGGACCUGCAGCAGACCUAGGGAAAACACAAACAUGACCUCUCCCCCAGAUAAGUAUACCGGGUCAGGUCCUUGCCAAAGACCUGUGAGGGGGUCUUUCCAUCUGACCAAAGUUGUAAAGAUGAGUCGUGGUUAUUCAGAAAAUAACAAUUUCCUGAACAAUAACAACCAAAUGGUGUUGGACAUGAUCCUUUAUCCAUUAAUUGGAAUCCAUCAGACCAUCAACUGGGAAACAGUGGCAAGGCUUGUGCCUGGAUUAACACCCAAAGAGUGUGCAAAAAGGUUUGAUGAAUUGAAAAGCAGUGGAAGCUCACCUGUUGACAACCAGUAUAACCCCCUAAUGGCUGCUGGAGAGAAUCCAAUUGAAAGUUUAGCCAUGUAUAUCAAAUCCUCACUUCUUGAGACACCAGGCGAAUUUCAGGAGACUUCAGUUGGUCAGGAUGCAGUUUCCAAAACAGGAAGACAUAGUAUAGCUUCCACAAGGAAUUGUUCUUCAGAAAGUGAAAAUUGUACUACUCGUAAUGGUGGAGAAAAGACUGAAGAAUCUGAAGGGCCAAACAUGGUGAUCCAUGUAUGUGAUGAAGCAAAAAACUUGAAAGAAGAUUUUAUUUGCCCACGAGAUCUUUUGAUAUCAGAAAUGAAGUACUUUGCUGAAUAUUUGUCUAUGGAUGCUCAACGCUGGGAAGAGGUGGACAUUUCAGUUCAUUGUGAUGUUCACAUUUUCAACUGGUUGAUAAAAUAUGUUAAAAGGAACACUAAGGAAAAUAAAGAUGGUGAGAUGCCCACUUUAGAGCCAGGAAAUGUCAUUUCAAUUCUUAUUUCUUCAGAGUUUUUGAAAAUGGAUUCAUUGGUUGAGCAGUGUAUUCAGUAUUGCCACAAAAACAUGAAUGCCAUAGUAGUCACCCCAUGCAAUAUGAACUGUAUUAAUGCAAAUCUUCUUACGCGUAUAGCUGAUCUGUUUACACACAAUGAAGUUGAUGAUUUAAAGGACAAGAAAGAUAAGUUCAGGAGUAAACUUUUUUGUAAGAAGAUUGAGAGACUCUUUGAUCCUGAGUACUUGAACCCAGAUUCUCGGAAUAAUGCAGCAACCUUAUAUAGAUGCUAUUUGUGUAAGAAACUUUUAACAAAAGAAACAGAACGAAGAAUUUCUUGCAUUCCUGGAAAAAUCAAUGUGGAUCAACAUGGAAAUAUUAUCUACAUUCACAUAAGAGAUAAGACUUGGGAUGUUCAUGAGUAUUUGAAUAGUCUUUUUGAAGAAUUAAAAUCUUGGAGAGAUGUGUAUUGGCGCUUAUGGGGAACAGUCAACUGGCUAACUUGUUCGAGAUGUUAUCAGGCAUUUCUUUGUAUAGAAUUUUCACAUUGUCAGUAUCACUCAGAAACAGUGGUUUAUCCUACUGCAGCCAGUUCAUUGAGUACUGUUGGCACUGGAAUUUAUCCCUGCUGUAACCAAAAAGUUCUCCGGUUUGAUCCCACUCAGCUUACAAAGGGUUGUAAAGUGAGGGACCAUAUGGUUGCUCUUCGUGAACAAGGUGAAGGUGGAGAUUUGCUGUCCUGUCUGACUGCUAGAAUAUUGGACGAUCUGCACAAACACAAAGAUGUCAUUGUUGUGCCUUUUUCUAAAGAUGCAGUUAGUGAUUCUGGCAUUGGUCCCUGUGAUGAGAAGGGUCUAGAAUGUGAUGUUUUACUGGAGCCAAAUACCCCAUGGGGCCCCAAAAGUGGGGAACUCAAUGCUUUUCUGUCACUGAAAAACUGGACUCUGCAGCUGAAACAACAGUCAUUAUUUUCAGAAGAAGAAGAAUAUACCACUGGCUCUGAAGUCACUGAAGACGAAGUUGGAGAUGAAGAAGAAGUAUCCAAGAAACAAAGGAAAAAGGAAAAGCCAAAGAAGUUCACUAAACAACCAAAAAAGCAGAUAUCUUCACCUUGUUGUCAGAAGAAAGAAAAGGCUUUGGAAAAGGAAGGGAUAAAAAGCCAGCCAACUUCUAGAGACGUGUCUCCUUUCAUUGUGAGUAUGCAGAAGAAUAAGUGGGAUGCCACAAGAUCCUUGAGAUUCAACCAGGAUGCACAAAGAGAAGAUGAUCAGCGGCGGAUGUCUGAAAUUACAGGGCACCUAAUAAAGAUGAGAUUAGGUGAUCUGGACCGAGUUAAGUCAAAGGAAGCAAAAGAAUUUGCAGGAGGUAUUUAUUCCAGGCUUGAAGCACAGAUCAAGGCCUCUGUUCCAGUCAGCGCAAGGCAAAGCAGCUCAGAGAAAAACACAAGGUCUAAAAGCCGUUUUGGUCCAGGGCGUCCUGCAUAAGACACCUUACCACAUAACUAACUACAAAGACAGAAGACAUACCUCUGAACAACUAAAAAUUGCUUGCUUCUUGAAGAUCUUCAGAACAAUGACUUCUAAAUGUUCUAAAUUAUGUAUUAUUCUUGCAAGCCAGAUAAAUCAUAAUGCUAAGGAAAAUGUAUACAGUCUUAUGAAACCUAAAUAUGAAACUUCUUAAAUCUAAUUUUCUUUUAGUGUGAUGCCAGGUUAUGUAGAAAAAUUAGUAUUCACAGUUUGCAUAGCUAAGACUCCUAAUAUCUGUUCUCUUUUAUUUAUUUGGAAAGGAAGAGGCCUAAACUCUCAAGCAGCUAAAAUAAAAUUUUUAAGAUGUAAAAAAUUAAGGGGACACAGCUGAUAUGGUACUGUGCAUGUGCACUGAUUGUGGUAUAUCUUUUGGCUGUAAAUCUUGGGAUAGCAUCGAGAACUGCAGUUUAUGUGAUGAAAUUCCCAGUGAUGCUAAUUUUAAGUUUGCAUGAAUAUUAAGGAGUGACAGAUUUCAAGAUUGCUUUGAAUAAAGUUUCAAGGUGAGGUAUUUCCUGUGUUAGGCAGAAGGGUUCAUUUUUUCAACAUUGUUCCAUGGAAAGCACAAUGGUAAUCCAACUUUUUUUCCUCAGUUUUUAAUGUUUUUCUAUUGGUCAUUUGAGCUGGAAUUACUGAUUAUUACCCCUUUCCUCUGUGAAGCUAGUGCCAUUCUGAAUUUGUUAAAAUGACUUUUGAUAGUUUUAGGAUAGUAAAUCAUUUCAGUUGUGUGAGACAUCCAUCAUACAGUUCUCAGGUCUCUAAAACCCAGCUAUAUUUCUGUAGCCAUUCCAAUAGCACCUUAAAACAGUUAUAAUUACUACUUUAGUAAUGUCUAGAAGAAAAUAUUCCAAAAUGGGUAAAUUGCAUAUAUUCAAAAGAAAUGAAAAUAAAAAAUUUCUCUACAGACUAAUUAAUUUUUCUGACCAAGCAGAAAGAGUGCUCAGGGAAAAUUUUUUCCAGACCAUAAGCAUAUAAAAAAAUUAUGUGUUUGGAUAUUACAUGUUGGUCUCUGAAAAACUGUAAGAUGCACUGUUUCUAGUUUUAGUCUUCAUUUACCUUAUAAUUGAAAUUUCAACAUAUUAUUUAGAGAACAGACUGAUAAUGUGUGACAGAACGCCAAUUUCCAUUGAAAUGUUAAAAUGUUACAAUCAGUUUACAUGUACAGAAAUUAUUUUUUUCAGUGCGUGUUUUAGUUGGUAAAUGAACUGGAUGUUUUUUGAUGUUAUAUAUGUAUGGCUUUGCCAAGCAUUUUGAACUUCUGUUUGGAAAUUUUGUUCCAGUUUGUAUAUUUUUCAACUGUUUGAUAUUUUGAAAAAGAUUAUAAAAUUUUUAUUUUCAAAAGAAAAUGUUUUAUACAUGAUCUGUAAGCCCUGUUAAAUCCAGAGCCUUGUUUAGUUUACUGUAUUCUCUGAUUAAAAGAAUUUAGGUUUGUACAUGUUAUAUGUCAUGUGAUGGUCUCAACUAGAAGAGGAAAUAUACACUCUUGAUUUUUAACUGAUGGUAAAAAGGCAAAUUGCUUCUCCCUUGGGGAGCUGUACCACUGAAUUGAUUUUUACAAACCAGCCUUUAUCAGAAUUUGAUAUCUUCAGAGUAUGGUUUUAUUUUGUUAGUGUCCAUAAUACAUAACACAGGUACCACAUUUUGAUCAACCUCUAAAUAGAGGUUUUUUGCCAAAUACUGUGAGGUUUCACCUCAUAUUAAUUCUGAAUUAAAAUUUCUCUGGUAGAAAUAAAUGUUAAUGACAAAAGUUGUUUGAAAAGUCCUUGAUUUGAAUCAGUCCAUCUAAAAAGUCUGUAUGGGCCCUAUUUGACAGGUUUUCAUGAAAAUUAGCUCUGUUACAAGGUAAACUUUGUAAAUUUUAAUAUUGUUUUUAAAUUUUUUAAUUUUAUUCUGGUAAAGAUUCAGCAAUGCAUUUGAGGGAUAAAAUACUGCAGAAAAGAUUAUUUGGUAACAGUGCUGAUUCUACACUGCUGUAUUGUUUUGUCUGUAAUUUUCCUUUUUCAGAACACUCAGCCAAAUAUUGUGAGAUGUUAUGAGGAUAAUAUUAAGAUUAAUGUAAAGAUGAUAUGGGGAUAAUAUUCCAAUCCUUGUAGGAUUAUUGGUGAAUUAAAUGAUUUGUAGACCUAAAACAACACAGUACUUUCUGGCUAAGCCCUCCAUAAAUGUUAAUUGUUGUUGUGUUGCAUUGUUAUUUUAAUAUUUUGAAAGGAGCCUUAGAUUUUUUUAAGAUGAAGGUUUGAUAUUCAUCUUCUUAUAAUCUGAGUUGCUAAGAAUGAUGUGUAUUUGUGUCUAAUGCAAGAAAGAAAAGAGGUCUCUAAUACUUU